AUGGAUUUCAAGGACGGCCAUGUAUCGAAAGAGCAUCACGAGCUUCAUCAAUCUGCAGCAGAAAGUGUUGAUCCAGUAUCUGUUUCUCCUAUACAAAUUUCUUCUCCUAAGUCACCAAAAUCUCUAGGUUCUCCAAAUGCGCAAGUUAAGGGAGGCAGUUUAAGUCCGGAAAAUAACCGGCAAUUGCAUUCUCCAAAAGACGGAAGUUCGAAGAAAGGUGGUUCUGGCGGGAAACAAAACGAUGACAUGAACGUUCUUGACCCGAAUGAUCCAAACUAUGACAGCACAGAGGAAAUUGAUGAUUCAAAUGAAAAGAAAAAGAACACGGCGUUGGAAGAGUACAAGAAAAAAGCUACAAUAAUAGUGGAAGAAUACUUUGCAACCGAUGAUGUUGUUGCAACAAUGAGUGAACUUAGAGAAAUCGGUAAACCAGAAUACAGUUACUAUUUCGUCAAAAAGCUUGUCUCAAUGUCGAUGGACAGACACGACAAAGAAAAAGAAAUGGCUGCCAUUCUCUUAUCUGCACUUUAUGCUGACAUCAUUCAUCCUUCACAAGUUUACAAAGGAUUCACCAAAUUAGUCGAGUCGGCUGAUGAUUUGGUUGUAGAUAUACCGGACACCGUGGAUAUUCUAGCGCUUUUCAUAGCUAGAGCUGUUGUUGAUGAUAUCCUUCCGCCGGCAUUUUUGAAGAAGCAGAUAGCAAACUUACCUAAUGAUUCUAAAGGUGCUGAGGUUUUAACGAAAGCGGAGAAAAGCUAUCUGACAGCACCUUUACACGCCGAAAUCAUCGAGCGGCGUUGGGGAGGUAGCAAGAAUACAACAGUUGAUGAUGUGAAGGCAAGGAUAAACAAUUUCUUGAAAGAAUAUGUAGUAAGUGGUGACAAGAAAGAAGCUUUUCGAUGCAUCAAAGACUUGAAAGUUCCGUUUUUCCAUCACGAGAUAGUGAAAAGAGCUCUUAUAAUGGCGAUGGAAAAGCGACAAGCGGAAACGCCGUUACUAGACCUAUUGAAAGAAGCAGCCGAAGAAGGAUUCAUCAACACAAGCCAAAUGUCAAAAGGGUUCAGCAGGCUGAUUGAAACCGUCGACGAUUUAUCGCUUGACAUACCGAACGCGCGCGGAAUACUUCAACAACUGAUAUCGAAAGCGGCUUCCGAAGGUUGGUUGUGUGUCUCAUCACUAAAAUCACUUACAACCGAGGAUGAAAAGAACACAAUACAAGAAAAUGUUGCAAGAAGUUUCAAGAUGAAAACUCAAUCCAUCAUUCAAGAGUACUUCUUAUCGGGUGAUAUAUUCGAAGUGAAUAGUUGUUUAGAACAAGAGAACAACAAAAACUGCGGCGAACUAAAUGCAAUCUUUGUUAAGAAACUAAUAACUCUAGCAAUGGACAGAAAGAAUCGAGAGAAAGAAAUGGCUUCCGUCUUACUUUCAUCGCUUUGUUUUCCACCUGACGAUGUUGUGAGCGGUUUCGUGAUGCUAAUUGAAUCAGCAGACGAUACAGCUUUAGACAAUCCUGUUGUUGUUGAAGAUCUCGCUAUGUUUCUAGCAAGAUCAGUAAUCGAUGAAGUUUUAGCACCACAACAGCUCGAAGACGUUGGAACACAAUGUAUAAGCCAAGAUUCAAUCGGAAGCAAAGUGCUUUUAAUGGCGAAAUCAUUGCUAAAAGCAAGACUCGCAGGUGAGAGAAUCUUGAGGUGUUGGGGUGGGGGUGGAAGCAGCAGACCUGGUUGGGAGAUCGAAGACGUUAAAGACAUGAUUGGGAAAUUGUUGGAGGAAUAUGAAUCCGGCGGUGAUAUAAAAGAGGCUUGUAGGUGCAUGAAAGAGUUAGGUAUGCCAUUUUUUCAUCAUGAAGUUGUUAAGAAAGCUAUGGUGAAAACUAUUGAAAAGAAGAAUGAGAGGUUAUGGGGCUUGCUUAAAGAGUGUUUUGAAUCAGGGUUAAUAACUAUGAAUCAAAUGGUUAAAGGUUUUGGAAGAGUUGAAGAAGCGCUUGAUGAUUUGGCUUUGGAUGUUCCUGAUGCUAAAAAUCAGUUUGGAUUUUAUGUUGAAAAAGCUAAGAAGGAAGGAUGGUUGGAUAGUUCAUUUUGCUACAACAAUGCAAUAGAGAAUGGCACAAGUUAA